GUUGUUUGCAAAGUUCAACCGCACGAUGCAACACCCCUGGCUGGGUGCACACCCCCAAUUGUUUUGAAGUCUUUUUUUGGCGCUGUCUUGCCCGAAAGCAAAAUGGCGAACAGACGAGAAAGUAACGCAAAUACAUCGCUUCUCAUUUGACGCCGCCAGUCAACCGUAUUUCUGUCUCUUUUCUUCUCUUUUUGUCUUGUAUUUUUUUGUUAUCAUCAUCUUUGACCUUUUGCCAUUUUGACGCGACAGCUCUUUUCUUUUCUUUUCUUAGCUGAUCUGUCUCGAGUAUUGAGAGAUUCGUUGUCAAGGUUUUAGUCUGUCCAAAAUUUUCCCCCAGCACCCUCCUAUCUAUCUUCAUUUCACCCAGCUAUUCAUUUAAUAUUUUGUCGCCAUCACUACGCUACACCAUGGGAUGCUGUCAGUCUACAGAAUAUGUUGAAGAAAAACAACGCAAUGAUAAAAUCGAAGCUCAACUCAAAAGAGACCGGGCCAAUAUGAAGACUGAAAUAAAGAUGUUACUAUUGGGUGCCGGUGAAUCUGGCAAGUCGACGAUUUUGAAGCAAAUGAAGCUUAUUCACGACGGGGGCUAUACCUCGGAGGAACGCGAAAAUUUCAAGGAAGUGAUUUUUAGCAAUACGUUACAAUCGAUGCGAGUGACAUUGGAAGCGAUGGACGAGUUGGGAAUUUCUUUGGUCAAGCAAGACAACGAAGUGUAUCGACGACUGAUCAUUGAGGCACCGCCACCGAUUGAUUACCUCGGACAAGAGUUGAUGGAAGCCAUUGCAGCGCUUUGGGAUGAUGCUGGGGUACAGGAGUGCGUAGCACGAGCAAAUGAAUUCCAGCUCAAUGAUUCCGCACAGUAUUACUUUGAUUCCAUUCUACGUAUCGGACAACCUCACUACAUGCCGAGCGAUCAGGAUGUAUUGCGAUCGCGCGUCAAGACCACCGGAAUUACGGAAACAGCAUUUGUCAUUGGUGAUCUAACCUACCGAAUGUUUGACGUGGGUGGCCAACGAUCGGAACGAAAAAAGUGGAUCCAUUGUUUUGAAAAUGUUACUGCUUUGGUAUUCCUUGUCGCCAUUUCCGAAUACGAUCAAGUGCUUUUCGAAGACGAAAGUGUGAACCGAUUACAGGAAGCUUUAACACUUUUCGACUCCAUCUGCAACUCAAGGUGGUUCAUCAAAACAUCCAUCAUCCUCUUCCUCAAUAAGAUCGACCUAUUUGCUCAGAAGCUGCCGCGCAGCCCUCUAUCCAACUACUUUGAUGAUUAUCAUGGUGGUGACAACUACGAAGCAGCUUGCCAAUUCCUGCUACAACGCUUCGUGUCCCUGAAUACACGAGCCGACACCAAACAAAUCUACACUCAUUUCACAUGUGCAACCGAUACAAAACAAAUCAAAUUUGUCAUGUCGGCUGUAAACGAUAUCAUUGUCCAUGAAAAUCUGCGAAAUGUUGGUCUUUUAUAAUUCGUACCUCUCACUCUUACUUGUUAUGUGUUCACUUCACACCCCCAAAUCCAUAAUUUAUUUAUAUGCAGCUGAGCGCUUUCUUUCUUUUCUUUCUCCCCUUGAUGUCAUUUGUACAAACCAAAAAUAAAGCCCUAUUUCUAACUCUC